AGGGUCUGCUACUCUUUUUUCUUUCGACUUUUCUGUGGUAAACAUGAUUGGAUCAGUCGUCCACAAUAAGAAGUUUGAAGACUUUUUGCAGUUUCUUCCAUCCGCCACUGUUUGAGACAGAGAUAGAGCUAGAGUGAGGGAGAGUCCUUUUUGCUGUAAUGAGCAUCCCUCCAUUUCUUGCCUCUAAUAGGUAUCUUUCUUUCCUGCUUCAAUGGCUUUCCUUACAAGUGUCUUCCUUCUCUGCUGUUUCUCUCUAUUACAUGUAAUAGUGGAAGGACAGGCCUACCAAAACAUAUCUCUAGGCUCUUCUUUAUCUUCCCUUUACAACACGAAUGCCUGGGUUUCCCCUUCUGGUGAGUUUUCCUUCGGCUUCUCGAUGGUCAAUGGCAGUCUGUACGUCGGCAUUCGUUAUGAAAAGAUCCCCGAAAAGCCUCUAGUUUGGACGGCAAACCGAGACAAACCAGCCCCACCUGGUUCCACUGUGGUGCUAAACAACAAUGGAGUGCUUGUCAUAAAUGAUGCAAAAGGCGUACCAUUUUCCACCAUUGGAGCAAGUUCAGAUGGCAGCGUUAUCACCUCUGCCGCCAUGUUGGAUACAGGCAACCUGGUUCUUCAGACCUCACCUGAAUUUGCAGUCAAGUGGCAAAGCUUCGACUCUCCCACCGAUACCAUCCUUCCCACUCAAAAACUUGCUGUGGAAAAAAAUCUAUAUGCUUCAUUCUCGCCAACCAAUCUCUCCACUGGUCGUUACUAUAUCGUAAUGCAAAAUGAUGGGAACUUUGUUAGCUAUACUGACAUGAGAGAACCAACGUAUGCAUCAUCUAUCACUUGGGGACAGAAGGGAAAUUUGGUGUUUGACGAGUCUGGGAAAAUCUCCGUCUUCCAGUGGGAAUUAAAUAAGACUGUUGAGAUCAUUCCUGGAAGCGUGAUCCCCAAACCAAGCACGGACUUCUACUUUAGAGCAAAGAUCGACUACGAUGGGAUCUUCCGACUUUACAGUUACCCCAAAAGACCAAGCAAUUCUUGGCCAGACAAGUGGAACAUCGUCUGGGCAACUCUAGAUUAUGCUUGUGAGGUACCGGCCAUCUGCGGCCUGAACGCUUAUUGCGUUGCCCAAGACGAAGGCUUCGAUUGCUUGUGCCCAAAAGGCUUUUCUUAUGUGGAUGCAGCGAACAAGCUUCUCGGUUGCAAACAGGACAUCCCGAUCACAGACUGCAAAAGCUACAAUCCAGAGCACUACAGCCUUGAGACGAUUGAUAACAUGAACUUUUUUGGUCCCCAUUAUGCCAUUAAACCAAGUAACGAGUUCGAAUGCAGAGAGUGGCUUUUGGCUGAUUGCUACUCCAUCGUAGGUACCUACUGGGACUCAAAAUGCUACAAGAAACGGAUGCCAUUGCGCAGUGGUAACAUGACGAGCAGAUGUAAGGUUAUAGUUAAGGUACCAAGAGACAAUGGCUCCCUUCUACAGCCAAGCCUGUUCGAAGUAGGUGGCCCCAGCAUCACAUCCAAUGGCAUGAGAAAGUGGUCACAAUCUGGUGUUGUGAGAGUUGUGUUGUUUGUCAUCUCAGUAAGUCUCUUUCUCUUGCUCAUAAUUGAAACUGUCGUUCUAAUAUGCCUCAAGCGAUGGAGUCUGCAGAGACAAGAAAAACCAGUAUGUUCUGUGCAACCCGAGAUGAAAUUGAUGAGGUUUAGUUACAAAGAACUCGAGAAGGCCACCCGGGGUUUCAAGGAGAAGUUGGGCAGUGGCUCUUUUGGGUCCGUUUACAGAGGCAUGAUGGCUUCGGCAUAUGGUCAGAAGCCCAUUGCUGUGAAGCGGUUCGACAAGUUGGUGGAAGAUGGUGACAAGGAAUUCGAAACAGAAGUGAGCGUGAUUGGAAGAACCCAUCACAAAAACCUUGUGCAACUGAUUGGGUUCUGUGAUGAAGGUUCUCACAGAUUAUUAGUGUACGAGUACAUGGAACAAGGAUCUCUGUCAAGCGUCCUCCUUGGAAGCAUUAGGCCAGAGUGGAACCUGAGAGUCCAAAUUGCAGUUGGUAUAGCAAGAGGGCUCAUGUAUCUCCAUGAAGAAUGUAUCACUCCGAUCAUACAUUGUGAUAUCAAGCCUGAAAAUGUACUUGUAGACUGUUAUCUCGUUCCCAAAAUAUCUGAUUUUGGGUUGGCCAAGCUUCUCAGACACGAUCAAACGAAGACCAAAACAGACAUAAGGGGCACAAGAGGUUAUGUAGCCCCCGAAUGGUUUAGGAAGAUGGCCAUCACAGUGAAGGUUGAUGUUUAUAGCUACGGGUUGAUGUUACUAGAGAUUAUAUGUUGCAGGAAGAAUGUGGAACUUAAUAGGAAGGAUGAACCAUCGGUCGUACUAGCUGAUUGGGCCUAUGAUUGCUUCGUUGCACAUCAAUUGGAGAUGUUGGUGGAGCACGAUGAAGAUGCCAAGAAUGAUAUGAGGAAGGUGAAAAAGAUGGUGAUGGUGGCACUCUGGUGCAUUCAAGAAGACCCAUCGCUUAGGCCUACAAUGAAGAAGGUGACACAGAUGCUGGAAGGUGCAGUUGGUGUUGCUAUCCCGCCCAACCCUUCUUCUCUCAUAAGCUCAACGGGAUAAGAAGCAUUCUGUGCUUCACAAUGCUCGAUUUGGGAGAAGUUUGAUUGUCUUCUACUUGCUUUACUUGAAUCUCUAGUUGCAAUUUGACAUCAAUGUUUUGUUCUGUAACAAUAAAAUGUUUUUUCUUGUUUGAGUUGCUUGGUGCUCAGUGAUCUACUUCUACCCCAGGCAAUAAAAUGUUUUCAUGUUUGAGCAAUA